AUGAGCUACUUUUCUCCGCCGGCGGAGGGCGGGACGCCGCCCCCCGUGCAGGGGAUGCCUCUCGGAGCGCCGAAUGCUUUCUAUGCCUCGGCAGAGAAUUCAGGCCUUUCUUCUGACAGCCCGGACGCGUACGUCUUUGCGCAGCAGUCAGCUGUGAUGGCGCAGACCGGCGACGCCAUCGGAGGCAUCGAUCCCCAGACGAUGCUCGCUCAGUCCCAGGUUGGAUAUGGCAUCGAUGGCUCUUCAAGUCAACAUAUGGUGCAGGCAGAGGCCUACAUGCACUGGGCCGGCGCACUGCCCCAACAGGUUGCCCCGGGAGAUCCGUACUCACAACUGCCGUCUGGCCUGCCGGGUGCACUCGCAGGCCCUGGGACCUUCCCUGGCGCCGCGUCACUGCCCUUCGCGUCCUCGACUCUCCCCGUCGGGACCGCCAGGCUGCACCUCGCAUCUGGCGAGAACGCGUCCGUGGUGAGCCGGUCGAGCCGGUCGGCGCUUGGAAGUCAACGCAGGGCGCCCAUGGGCAAGGCCGGGCCGCCGGCGAGUCCCAGCCAACACCAGGCGAACCGCGAAUUGGCGAGGAAGCAGCAGACUGCCUUGCGUCGAGGUCUCUUUCUUGCCACGGAGUUGGAAGACUGGAUGGGGGAGGAUUGCCCGGGCCUCGAUCGCCAGUGCAUCAUCCGUUUCCCGCCGCCCGUCGCCGCGCUUCUGCGGAAGCGUCUCUCUGCCGUAACCUCUCUUCAGUUUCAGAGUCAAGCCAGCUCAGAGGCGCUGGGAGUGGACGGCGCGCCGCAGGGACCCGCGUAUCCCGCUGGCUGUUCCGCGGCAAACCCUCUUGGCCUCAUCAUCACCCCGCGAGACGAGUGGAGCUACCGCAUCUUCGACGUUAAGGUUGCCGGCCACAAAGGAAAGUUGCGAGGCGUUUUGGUCGAGCUUCCGACUCUCGUCGAGACGUACAAGUCGCUCGACGGCGAUCUUCUCUUCAAGUCGGGAGACAUUUGCCAGAUGAUUGUCGUCUUCGACCCCCAAGACCCGCAGGAAGCGAUCGAUUUGCAGGACCUGAGUGAACGCCAGCAGUGGGAGUGGAAGGCAGGCCUCACUCCGCCGACGCAUCGCAUCCGAAGCAGAAAGUUCAAAAACUUGGAUUUGUUUGACAGACAGGAAAUUCGGGAUGCAGAGCUCCAGGUUCUCGAGCUGCUUCACUCAACGCGGCGAGACAACUACGAAAUCGAGGUCCAUACUCUCCACGAGAUGCACCGAACAUUGGAGCAGCAGAGAGAAGCAGCCGAAGGAAAGGCGCCCAAGCCGACCGCACCGGGCGCGACGUCCACCGGCACAGCAGUCAUUGAGCAUGUGGUGAGCUGCGACGACGAUGUCCUCUCCUGGCUGGACUCCGUGGGCAUGCUCCACAGCGCUGCACCUGAGAUGGACGCGGAUGGAAGCUUCUCUGACUACUCGGACGUUCUUUUCGACUACACUCCUGCCGCUGGAAGUGCGACAGCCGCUACGACAAACUUCGCAGCUCGUGGGCCAGGAGGCCCCCGAGGACCUCGAGGCGGCCGAGGCGGCGCAGCUUGGCAGCGAACUGCGGGUUCCAGGACUCAGCAGGCAGGGGCUCCAGCGUCUCAGGACAGCUUGAUCUUCGGUCCGGAGGCUCGAGGCGCACCACUUGAAGACGAGGACGGAGCAGGCUCGGCAGUCGGGAUCGGAGGGGACCUUGGCAUCUCUGGGGCUCCGCUGGCGAGUGGAUCAGGUCCUGGGCGGCUCAUGGGGGUUGGACCUGGCGAGCUGCCGUUCCCGCAGGCGCAAGUAGCUGUCGAGUACCCAGGGGCGGAGGGAGCAGUCGGCGUCCCCGGCACUAGCGAGCAGGAACUUGAGACACGCAUGCGCCGGAAGGAAGAGCGGCGCCAGAAGAAGCUCUUGAAGAAGGAGAAGCGGCGACUGAAGAAGGAAAAGAAGAAAGCCAAGCGAGACAAGAAGAAGCAGGGCCAAGGCGAAGGCUCUGGCGCAAACCCAGGCGAUGGCGACGGGGCGGCGGGAGUCGUGUCGAGAGGCCAGAGCGUCGUUUCCUCUAGUCAGGGCGACACAGCGAGAGGUGGAGAAACAGGCGAGAAAAACGGGAGUAGCUCGUCGAGCAGCAGCGACGAGGACGAGGGUGGGAGAGACGAUGAGGACACUCUGAUGCUGUGACGGCCGACGGCAGUUGUAGGGAUGAGAACCCUACAGGGAACGUGUACCCGAAACUUUUGAAGAGAUAGGGGAAAAACGUAGGGCACUGCGAAAGAAGGCAGGGGGGGGGGACUUGCGAAUGCCGAAGGCUUUCCUCCGCUGUUAUGGCAUCGCAGCGCAUAGACCACAGAAGUGAUGGACGGACUCGCACUUUGCUACGGACGUGACUUCUGAUUUAGCCGUCAACAGUAGUGAGGGCUGUGUCCUCUGCUGCUCUGGUGCAUAACUAGCCUUUGUAGCGGAGG